AGAGACAAGUACCGCUACUUUGCCUGCCUCCUGAGAGAACGAUUCGAUAAGAACAAGGAUGUGAAGGAUAUGGUGAAAGCUACAGAGCUGCUGAAGGCAGGCGAGGAGGAGUUCUGGGCAAACCAGCAUCCUCAGCCCUACAUCUUCCCUGACUCCCCGGGGGGCACUUCCUAUGAGAGGCAGGAGUGCUACAAGAUUCCUGAAUGGUGCUUGGAUUUCUGGCACCCUUCUGAGAAGGCGAUGUAUCCCGAUUACUUUGCCAAGCGAGAGCAGUGGAAGAAGCUGCAGCUGGAGAGCUGGGAGAAGGAGAUUAAGCAGUUGGAGGAAGAAACUCCAGCUGAUGGUCCAAAAACUGAAGCUUUGCCUCCAGCUCGCAAGGAAGGGCAUCUGCCACCACUGUGGUGGCAGUAUGUCACCAGGCCUCGUGAAAUUCCCAUGUAA